AUGGAGGUUACAUUUCCUCACAUCCGACAGGAGUUUCGGUUUGAUGUCCUUCCAAGACUCAAAUCUUCGUGCACAAAUAGAGGGGGUGCAGAAGGCCACACAGGACCCACUCUACCUGAGAAGCCAUCACCGUCAUUGCAGAUACUCCACAACAUGCCUAAUGGUUUGGCUCCCGCGUCAACACGGCUGACUCCCACAAAGAAACCUGUGAGUUGGAGAGGCCCUUCUGCGGUUGGAGCUGGGCUGCAGAACAUGGGAAACACAUGCUACAUGAAUGCGGCCCUGCAGUGUCUGACAUACACGCCGCCACUCUCCAGCUAUAUGCUGUCCCAGGCGCACUCCCGAUUCUGUGGGAAGCAGACAUUCUGCAUGCUGUGUGCUCUGCAGGCUCACAUGUCCAGGGCCCUCUGCCAUCCCAGAGAAGUGAUCUGGCCUCCGCUCAAACUGUUUGCUGCCUUCCACACGCACAGGCAGGAAGAUGCCCAUGAGUUUCUGAUGUUCAUUCUGGAUGCAAUGCACCAAGCGUGUUGGCAUGAGGACAGGCCUUUAGAGCCUCAGGCUGAGGACACCACCCUCAUCCGGCAAACCUUUGGAGGAUCCUGGAGGUCUCAAAUCCAGUGUCUCCGCUGCCAGGGUGUUUCCAGCACUUUCGACCCUUACCUGGACAUUAGCCUGGAUAUCAGGGCAGCUCAGAGUGUGAGCCAGGCUUUGCAACAGUUGGUGAAGCCUGAGCAGCUGGAUGGCCAAAAUGCCUAUCGUUGUAGUACAUGUCUCGACAAGGUACCUGCUUCCAAGACGGUGACUUUGGACACUUGCUCCAAGGUCCUCAUGCUGGUAUUGAAACGAUUCUCCCAUUUCAUGGGCAGCAAACUGGCGACGGAAGUCCAAUAUCUUGAGUGCCUGGACAUGCAACCAUACAUGUCUGAGCAGAAGGCGAGAUAUAUGAUUUACGUGCUCUAUGCUGUGCUGGUGCAUGUGGGGUCGAAUGGUCACAGUGGACAUUACUUCUGUUACAUCAAAGCUGGGAAUGGCCAGUGGUACAAAAUGGAUGAUGCCAAGGUCACCGCCAGUGAUGUGACUUCUGCCCUGAGUCAACAUGCGUAUGUCCUCUUUUACAUCCACAAGAGUGAAUGGGAAAGAGCACAUGGGAAUGAUGCAGGUGGUGGGGAAUCCACUUCCCUGUGGGCUGACCAUACAGACAAGGCUGUGGCCCAAAAAACACCGAAAACAGACCCCAACAUCAAGGAUCCUAUGUCAAAAAGUCACGUGGAAGACACACCAGUGCAACCAAUCACGUUAGACCAGUGGAGAUUCAUCCAGCAAAGCCACCGUCCCAAGUCUGAAUUCAACUUCAGGAAAAGAGAGUUUCCUCUUCCCGCCAAUGCCAUUCUAAUUCACCCAUGCAAAUACAGAGAGGAGAUGGGACAGGAACAUCUUGAAGAAAACACCUGUGACUAUGUGAGGCGUCCACCCAGGCCAAAGCCUGUGUACACCACCAAGAGGGCGGCGUCUGUCAUGGAGCCACCCAGCAGGAAGCCUGACAUGAUGCAGCUGUUUCCAUGGGCUUCCCCUGUCGGGAGACGUGUGGUGAGCACCUUCCAACAUUCUGGACGACGUGAUGUCAAGGAAGUGGUUAUUCCUGAGCCGCCUGCUCUGGCUCGCCAAUGCUCUACCCAGCAUCAAGGCCUCAUUGUCCAGCUGAGACAAAACAGGCCCCCGUGUACCUUCAGUUGGUGGCCCCAGGCCGUUUCCGUGGCACAUGGCCUUGGCCACGCCCAGGCACCAGCCAGGCAUCCUGAGGUCAAGUCUCAUCCUCCUCCAACCAGAUGGGCUUCUGUUCCCCAGCCCCACAUCCAGACAGCAGGCAAGAGAUGGGCCCCGAUCCCUGACGAGAUGUGCCAGAGGCCCCGGAAGAAAGCAUGCUGGGGCCCCUGCCAGAAAACCUCCAGCAGCAUAGGGAGCAACCACGUGGGGCUUGGCCUGAGUGUGUGCCAUCCAGCAAAGGGAGGUGCAUGUCCACCCCCAGGAGCAGCCUGUGGGACCCGGAAGACACCUGCCUCAGAGCAAAGCUUGGGUCUCCAACCUCCAUGCCCCCGUACUCCCCCAGACAUGCUCAAGGGUGUACUGUACCCCCAUGUCCAUACUGUCAGCAGACUGCCAGUCAGCCGCUGCCAAUGGUAUUAA